AGCGCUGUGGAUGUUAUUUUACACAUGUUCCCGGGUUGAUUCCUAUUGGCCUUCCUUUAUCCUCUUCAGAUUCCGGGGUCCAUUAGCGAUCUUGAUGUGAUCCUGGGUGCAUCGGCAAGUGCGUAAGGCAGCAAUUACUUCCACUACUCGAAAAGGGAACAUUGGUUUGUUUAAAAUUCUGCGUUCUUAAUUUUUACAGGUGGGCACCUGAAACACACACCUGAAACACACCACUGCUACUACGACUCCCCGCAGCAAUCGGACUGAGGAGAGAGGAGAUGCAUGGCAUGUAAGCAGCCCACCAUGGCUCACAGGAAGAGGCCCGGGACCUGCGGCGGGAUGGCGGAGCCCCGAGCUCGGCCCGGCCCGCCCCCCUUCCCCGUGGAGGACCGCGACCUGGAGCCCCAGGGCGAGCGCGCCUACCGCGGCCCGCCGGAGCGCGACCCCAGGGGCAGCCGGCCGACCACGCCCGCCACGCCCGAGCGCGGGCACGCCGACCGCCGCGCCCACCACGACAGCGUGGACGGGGACUCCAGCUCCGACUACGUCAACAACACGUCGGAGGAGGAGGAGGACUACGACGAGGGCCUGCCCGAGGAGGACGAGGGCGUGACCUACUACAUCCGCUACUGCCCCGAGGACGACAGCUACCUGGAGGGCAUGGACUACCCCCGGCCCCAGCCGCCCGCCCACACCGACGAGUGCCAGGAGGCGGUGGAGGAGUGGGCGGAGUCGGAGGGGCCGUGCGAGGCCCUGGAGCAGGACGCCGACGCGCACGGGUACGAGGGCAGCCCGGAGCCCGUCCCGGACCUGCACCCCGCCUCCCCGGAGGAGCCGCUGCCCCGGGACGAGGAGUACGAGGAGGAAGGGGAGGAGAGCGAGGAGUACUGCCCCAACGAGGAGGAGGAGGAGGAGGGCGACGGGGGCGACAGCGGCGACUACACGGGGGACUAUUACGCCCCCGAGGACAACGGGAACUCGGUGCGCUCGUCCCCCUACAGGGGCCGCAAGGGCGGGGAGGGGGAGGGCCCGGAGGACACCGAGGAGGACAUCGACCAGAUCGUGGCCGAGAUCAAGAUGAGCAUGAGCAUGGGCAGCCUGAGCAGCGGCACCGACCACAGCCCCGAGGAGCUGCCCCCCGACUCCGCCCCCGAGGACUUCGCCCCGCCCCCUGCCGAGCCCGAGCCCGCCCCCUGCACCCCGCGCCGGCACGAGGGCCGGCCCAAAUCGCUCAACCUCCCCCCCGCCCGCCACACCAACCCCGAACUGCAGAGGGGCCUGAAGGCCCGUGCCCGCACCCCUGAGGAGAGAUCCAAGUGGGCCCAGGAACAGGUGUCUAACCAUGUGGAGGCGCCACGGCGACAGCACCGCUCCGAUCUCAACGGCCCGGUGGAGAACAACAACGCCCCCGAGCAAACGAAGAAGACUGCCUCUUUCCCCAGCUUUGUGGAUGUUCCUGGGCCCUGCGAGCCGGAGGACCUCAUCGAUGGCAUCAUCUUCGCCGCCAAUUACCUGGGCUCCACCCAGCUGCUGUCCGAGCGGAACCCGUCCAAGAACAUCCGGAUGAUGCAGGCCCAGGAGGCGGUGAGCCGGGUCAAGAGGGUUCAGAAGGCUGCCAAAAUCAAGAAAAAGGCGGGCCCAGAAGGGGAUGCCCAAACACUGACUGAGGUGGACCUGUUCAUAUCCACACAGAGGAUCAAGGUGCUCAAUGCUGACACACAGGAGACGAUGAUGGACAACGCCCUGCGCACCAUCUCCUACAUCGCGGACAUCGGGAACAUCGUGGUGCUGAUGGCCCGCCGGCGCAUGCCCCGCACCGCCUCGCAGGACUGCAUCGAGACCACGCCCGGGGCGCCCGAGGGCAAGAAGCAGUACAAGAUGAUCUGCCAUGUCUUCGAGUCCGAGGACGCACAGCUUAUUGCGCAGUCCAUCGGACAGGCAUUCAGCGUGGCCUACCAAGAGUUCCUGAGAGCCAACGGGAUCAACCCUGAGGACCUGAGUCAGAAGGAAUACAGUGACAUCAUCAACACGCAGGAGAUGUACAAUGAUGACCUCAUCCACUUCUCCAAUUCAGAGAACUGCAAAGAGCUGCAACUGGAGAAGCAGAAGGGGGAGAUCCUGGGCGUGGUCAUCGUGGAGUCCGGCUGGGGCUCCAUCCUGCCCACGGUCAUCCUGGCCAACAUGAUGAACGGCGGCCCAGCCGCGCGCUCCAGCAAGCUGAGCAUCGGAGACCAGAUCAUGUCCAUCAACAACACCAGCCUGGUGGGGCUGCCCCUCGCCACCUGCCAGGGCAUCAUCAAGGGCCUGAAGAACCAGGUCCAGGUGAAGCUGAACAUCGUGAGCUGCCCUCCAGUCACCACCGUCCUCAUCAAGCGUCCAGAUUUGAAGUACCAGCUGGGCUUCAGUGUGCAGAAUGGCAUUAUCUGCAGUCUAAUGCGUGGUGGCAUCGCAGAGCGAGGUGGGGUUCGUGUCGGCCACCGGAUCAUCGAGAUCAACGGCCAGAGCGUAGUGGCCACAGCCCAUGAGAAGAUCGUCCAGGCCCUGUCCAACUCUGUGGGCGAGAUCCACAUGAAGACCAUGCCAGCAGCCAUGUUCAGACUCUUAACUGGCCAGGAGACCCCAUUGUACAUAUAGAGCCUGGGCGGACUCUCUAUCACACGCAGAGCCAUAAACAGCCGGAGUUUACACACGGUCAGGGGCGGCCAGACGCCGGGCCCCCCAGGGCCGUGGAGGAGACCACUCAAGCAGGCCGAGAGCUCUCCUCCAGUCUCCAUUUCCAGCCGUCUCUACUUUUUUCCUUCUUCUCUGCUUCUCGCGUCGCUAAAACAGGGGCUCGCCAUUCCUCCUUUCAUCGGCACUAACCAAUGUACUGACACAAUAAUUUACAGGCUGUAAACGGGAACAGAGCUGAUGACGUGGACGUUAUUUAUUUGUGCUGUCUGUGGGAUGUAGGUCAGGUUAGACAAUGUGGAGAGGAUGAGUGAAUGCAUUAUGGUUUAUUUUUUUAUAUGCAUUAUAUAUAUUUACAUGGUAUAUACUGUAUAUUCCUAUUUUUCUGUUUUUUCGUUUUUAUUGUUCUGUUUAAUUCUAAAUGUAAAUACUUUUUUUUCUUUUUUCUUUUUGCUAAUGCUGAUGGGGUUUGUCGAGAAAGACCAGUGUUGUGAUGUACAUACCGACUUUACCAGCAGGUUUUCAUUGUGGGAAAUGUGGGUUCCUAUACAGUUGACAUCCCAGAUGUUGGACUAUGGGACAUUUGUAGAUAAUGCUUGGAACCCAUAAACUCACUCCAGAUUUUGAAUAAUCAUCUGGCCUUUUUUCCCCUUUCACCAUGAAAGUCUAAAGAUACCACUAUACUAAACAUUUAGCGAUAGAGAACUUUAGGCCUGUGUUAAUACUUCAGUCUAAAUAUUUGGCAGUAAAGCUGAAAGGAUGUGGAGACAUUGUUGUGCCUUCAUCAUAGUCCAGCUUGAUUAUAAAAUGGAUUUGAAGGGCAGCAUUUUUCUUGUGUGUCCAUUGUUAAAGUAGCUCAAUUUUAGUAGCAGCCCAAUCAUUUAGAUUUGGUCAUUUGUGAAUCUUGCAAAUGGCAAGAUUAACUAUUAUAUUAUGCCAUAUAAUUAUGCAUUUUAGGGUUUUAAUAGAGAAGCAAAGAAACGAUUUCCUUCUCAAAGCAGUGCUUUUUUUUUUUUUUACUACUUACAUCGGACAGGGUUUUGUUCCUCAAAGUUUUAAAAAUCAAAAAAAGAUAAAUCCCUUAAAGAUUAACACACACAUUUUAAGUUUGUCGUGGAACUGAAUCCAAAACAUUAUAUGAAUACAUGCAACUCUAUUUUUAAAAAUAUUAAUAUUUUUUUGUUCCUUUGUGUUUCCUAGAGAAGCUCUGAAAUUUGUUUGAGUGGAUUGUGAAUGUAAUGUACUCUUAGAACUGUGUCCAUGACCAUCUGCAGUAUUAGAAUGUGUGUACAUAAUGCAGACCUUGUCUAGUAUUGUGCCCUUUUUGGAAUUACUGUUAGUCACUGCAAACCUUUUUUCCCCAGUUACGUUGGGCCUUGGGGUAACAAUUCUGAUUAUAAUAAUGAAAUAAAAUACACUGUGACUAAAGAGGCCUUACCAUAGAGUAAUGCUUAUAAAAAAUGUACUAAAAUAAACAUUGAAAAAUAACAAUACAAUAAACUUAUUACCUGUUUGCAUGCAGAUGAAGAUAGAAGACAAGUCAUUCUGGAAAAAUAAUAAAAUAAGUAAACCAGA